AUGGAAUGGUGUGAACGGUUCCCAGUGGUGCGGCCAAAAGAAAAGAAACUUCAACAAACACAACAUCUUUUGAAAACAAAUACAAAAAUUAAGAAUUAUUUUGAAUGCAACCAACAUGUUAAUGUGUUUUACUUAGAUGUUAAAAAUGAAGACAACCAAGACAAAAUGAUUGCUGGUAAAUCUACUGAAUCGUGUACAAUAGAAAUGCAUUCAACUAGUACUCAGGAUGUUAACAAUGAAGACAACCAAGACAAAAUUAUUGCUGGUAAAUCAACUGGAUCGUGUACAAUAGAAAUGCAUUCAACUAGUACUCAGGGUUAGUAUAAUUUUAGUCAAUCAUUUUUAUUCAUUAAAAGAAAAUAGC